CCCAAAAAAUAUCCUUCCAUUCCAUCCAAUCCACGGACCUGUCGUGGACUUGUCUAGGCAGGCGGGCGGGGAGGGAGGUCUCCGUCGGCCAUGUCCAUGGACCCCGCCGACCGCAUGCUGGCGGAUCCCCUCCUCCUCCCCCUCCCAGCGGCGGCCAAGCAGGUGCUCGCCGGCGUCACCGACUACCGCGGCCGCCCCGUCACCCGCGGGGCCUCUGGGGGAUGGCGAUCCGCGCUCUUCGUAGUGGCCGUGGAGAUCGCCGGCAGCUUCGCCUACUUCGGCAUCUCCGCCAACCUCAUCACCUACCUGACGGGGCCCCUGGGCCAGUCCAACGCCUCCGCCGCCGCCGCCGUCAACGCCUGGUCGGGGACGGCAAGCCUCAUGCCCCUGCUCGGCGCAUUCCUCGCGGACGCAUACCUGGGCCGAUACAGAUCAAUCAUCCUCGCAUGCUCACUCUACGUCCUGGGGUUUGGCAUGCUGACUCUGUCGUCCACGGUGCCUCCGCUGCGCCCUGCUGCCUCCUCGCACUUGCCCAGCGGCAGCAGCCGGCCACCGCCUCAGGCCCUGCAGGUGGCCUUCUUCUACGUCUCCCUCUACCUCAUCGCCCUCGCCCAGGGCGCCGACAAGCCCUGCGGCCUCGCCUUCGCCGCCGACCAGUUCGACGCCAACCACCCCGCCGAGCGCGCCUCCCGGGCCUCCCUCUUCAACUGGUGGUUCUUCUGCAUGGCCAUCGGCAUCUCCGUCGCCGUCUCCGUCGUCGGAUACAUCCAGGACAACGUCGGCUGGGGCGUCGGCUUCGGAGUCCCCUGCGCCAUCGUGCUCGCUGCAUUCGCCGUCUUCCUCAUGGGCACCCCCACCUACCGCCUCUACCAACACAAGAAGAAGCAGCCACCAAAGGAGGAGGAGGAGGAGGAGCAGCAGCAGCAGCAGAACAAGGCCAUGGCCAGCAGCGCGCUCCGCCGGCUUCUCCCCAUCUGGGCCACCAGCCUCGCCUACGGCGUCGUGUACGCGCAGAUCAUGACCCUCUUCAACAAGCAGGGCCGCACCCUGGACCGCCGCAUCGUGGGAGCCAUCCAGCUCCCGCCCGCCGCGCUGCAGACGCUCGGCCCCGCCAGCAUCCUGCUCUUCGUCCCCGUCUACGACUGCGCCAUCGUGCCGGCGCUCCGCUGGGCCACCGGCAACCCCUCCGGACUGACCAUGCUGCAGCGCGUUGGCGCCGGCAUGGCCACGUCCCUGGCCGCGGUGUCCGUCGCCGCGCUCGUGGAGGCGCGCCGCCUCGCCACGGCGCGGGAGCACGGCCUGGUGGACCAGCCGGGGGUCACCGUGCCCAUGACCUGGGCAUGGAUGGUGCCGCAGUACGCCAUGAUGGGGGUGGCCGACGUGCUCGCCGUCGUCGGCCUGCAGGAGCUCUUCUACGACCAGAUGCCCGACGGCCUCCGCAGCCUGGGGCUGGCGCUCUACCUCAGCGUCAUGGGCAUAGGGGGAUUCAUCAGCAGCCUGCUCAUCUCCAUCAUCGACGGCAUCACAUCCAGGGGCGGCCGGGACAGCUGGUUCGCGGACAACCUCAACCGCGCGCACCUCGACUACUUCUACUGGCUGCUCGCGGGGAUCAGCGCCCUGGAGCUCGUGCUCUACCUAGGCUUCGCAAGAUCCUACGUUUACAACCACCAACACCUAGCUACCUAGGCUUCGCAAGAUCCUGCGUUCGGCUGCUCUUCUCCCCUCCAGCGCUAUAGUAAUUUCCUCUCGCACCACUCCAGCUACUAGCUCCAGCUCCAACCAGCCCAACAGUAUUUUUCUCUCAUCCCAUUCCAGCUCCAGCCUCCAGCUCCAGCCUCCAGCUCCAGCCUGCCGAACGCGGUUGCUAGUGUGGUGUCGUGUGUAACGAACGAACGGUGCGUGGGUGUAAAUAACAAACAAAACCAUUCAUCAUUCAUCAACCACACUGUCUGUCUCAGCUGUGUACUGCUACUACUGCUCUUCGAUCGAUCGAUGGUUUCAUGUAGUCACAGCUAGAGCAUCAUAUAGAACAGAUCUUAGAUCC